UUAUCCUCAGAACCAAUGGCGACCUGACACACCCCCCCUUGCGCUGACCAUGCGCUAUGCGCUCGCUGAACGAGACAGCAUGCGCGGCGCUGCUGGAAGACGUGCGCUGGGACGAGCCUGCCAGCCUCGUCUCUCUUGCCGUGCUCGCGCUCAUCGACGUGCUCGUCAUUGCAGGCAACUGUCUGGUGAUCGCCGCUGUCCUGUGCUCAUCGAAGCUGCGCAGUGUCACCAACUUGUUCAUCGUGUCGUUGGCCGUCGCCGAUCUACUGGUCGGAGUGGCUGUGUUGCCGUUCUCUGCCACUAGGGAAGUGUUCGAGAUAUGGAUAUUCGGCGGCGUCUGGUGUUCCGUCUGGCUGGCCGUAGACGUGUGGAUGUGCACAGCCUCCAUACUGAACCUGUGUGCCAUCUCUCUGGACCGCUACGUGGCCGUCACCCGCCCCGUCAGCUACCCUAGUAUCAUGAGUAGGAAGAGGGCUAAAGCGCUCAUAGCUGGGCUGUGGGUGUUGUCGUUUGUCAUCUGUUUCCCGCCGCUAGUCGGGUGGAAGGAUAAGAAGCCCGAAGAAGCCGAGCUGAAAGACGGCUGGUCCCCCAACCCCCACUGCCCCUGGACCUGUGAGCUGACCAACGACGCUGGCUACGUCGUCUAUUCCGCCCUCGGCUCCUUCUAUAUCCCCAUGUUCGUCAUGCUCUUCUUCUAUUGGAGGAUUUAUAAGGCCGCUGUAAGGACUACUAAGGCGAUUAACCAGGGGUUCAGGACUACGAAAGGUAAAGGCUUGGGCAGCAGAUUCGACGACAACAGACUGACGCUACGGAUCCACAGAGGGCGGGGGUCCAGUAGGCCUCACGGGUCUCCUCUAUCGACGGCCUCUAAUCACUCUACUAGUACAUCGCUCAGCGCCAGCCCUGAGAGACUUAGAAGACAUUCCAGUGCCCGUCGUGCGCAUGAAAAAGUCAAAAUCUCUGUCUCCUACCCGUCGUCAGAACAGAUCUGUCAUACGCACGAGAACUCCCGGUCUCCCAGUAGAUCCCCAAGCCCCUCGCUGUACGCUGUUCACUACGAGCGCGACGGCAGAGAAUUGACUGAAAGCAGACUGAGAGUCAGACCGCCUCAUCAUUUGGCCCCGGGGCCGCUGUACGAUGAGUUCGAUGACAAGCCCAGGGCCACGAGAAGAAUGGGAAAACGGAAUAUAAAAGCUCAAGUAAAACGCUUCAAAAUGGAGACCAAAGCAGCCAAGACCCUCGGCAUCAUAGUCGGAGGUUUCGUCUUCUGCUGGCUCCCGUUCUUCAGCGUGUACGUCGUGAGGGCCUUCUGUGGGGACUGCGUGCCUUCCAUCAUCUUCUCCGUGCUGUUCUGGCUGGGUUACUGCAACUCGGCUAUUAAUCCGCUUAUUUAUGCACUGUUUUCUAAGGACUUUAGGUUCGCGUUCAAGCGUAUAAUCUGCAAGUGCUUCUGCGGACGCGCGGGCCCGCGGCGGCAGUCUGACGGCUCCGCGCGACGCACGGAGCCCAAACCUCACGAGACUUCGCUAGAAGAGCAGGAUACCUCUAAUAGCGCGAGCAAUGACAGGUGACGUCAAACCCCGCGACGGCAAAACCCCCAAUUCCAGGCUACCGUCGCGUGUGUUUAGCAGGGACAGCGAGCCGUCACCUUCCUCCGCUAGCUUCCAUCAUCAUUCCAAUCGAACGGCCUAC